UCAGCAGAUUUCAUCAAGUCAUUUGGGGGAAGUAGACAAUAGAUGACGUUUAUAGACGACAAUCCAAUAGUAUAGUCCACACCAUUCAGUGCGAAGCGUAUGUCAUAUGAGGAAGAGAAGACCGAUGAACAGUUUGCAUAUGAGCUUACAAAAUGGGAUGUUGCUACAGUAGUGACGACGAUAAAGAUGACGGGCUCAUCAGUCCGACAGAGAGAACUCGUCUCCUCAACCCGUCCCCUCCAGACCACAACCAGCCAAUACCUGGAGAGAGAAGUGGGUCCCAGUACACACAGGCAUCCCAGAAGGGGGAUGAACAGUCAGCACUGAGCCGGAUACUUAACAAGACAGCUAGGGAUGUGAUAGACGUGACAUCCACAGACUCCCAGACUAUGGAGCAACAUGAAUACCAUGACAGAGCAAGGCAAUACAGCAAUCGACUGAAUAUGGUGAUGAGUGGCCAUGGAAGAGCCAAGUCAUAUCGUCCAUCACUGCCCAACGGGAUUUCAGCCCCGCAGAUGGUGCUGGCUGCCCCUCCGGUCACACUAGCAGACAUACAGAUGAUUACAAGUGUGGCGGCCAAGGCAGCCAAGGCAAUGAAAGACGUGAAAAUCCAGCACAAAGAGGAUUUGGUGGUGGCAUUUGGCGUUCCAUGAUUCUUGUUUCCGACAGACUUCAUCUCAACACAGUUGCCCAUUUAAAUUGUAAUCAUACUCUGACCUUGUGUCAGGCCAGUCUGUAUACAGCAGCGUCUGCAGCUUCCGCAGCAACAUCAUCAACAGCAACAUCAUGAUCCUAGUCAUUCCACACCAGCACCCUCCUGUGCUGUCCUCUGUUUCCCAUAGCCUGUCUGGAAGACGGGUAUCUAUACAGGCACAAGCUUCACUUUGUUAUAUUGUCUCAGAGCCAGCAUGCUCACUAUGAUGACUAAAUUGACUGUUGCUUUGAUUGGUACGUGCUAUGGAAUAAUAAUGAGGAUGCUUUGUCUGAAUACAUGGUUGAUGAUAUUGCCAGAGAACAAUUAGAAUUUGUCAGGUUUAUUCUAAAUAUUGAUUGAUGAAAUACUCAGUUUCUAAAUGGCGCAACUUGACGGGGUGUGAUAGGUGGAUGAUGGAGGUGGGUGGGUGGUGUGGCUGGGUGGCAUACUUUGAUUGAGUGGGUGGUGUGGGUAGGCAUCACUUCCUGCAUGAUGUGGGUGGAUGAGAAUAUAUGCAGUAUUCUGCCUUGAUCACUGGUUGAGUUGUUGGUUCAACAAAAUAUACAAUUGUGUGAUAUGUGUAAAUAUGGUAGAGAUUGUACAUACAAUACCUAGUGCUACUGAGGGGCUAGCUUCUUGUUUAGCAUGUAACAUGAACAGAUUAAAUAGUCUGGGGUUUUGUUGCAGUUUCUGUAAUUUCUUGAAGAUAAAUGAAAUGUAUAGCCCGGUUUCAUUGAGGCUUUCAGAAUAUCUAUCACAUCAAGAGUACUAUUCAGCAGUGGAACCAUGGUAAUUGAAUCUCAGUUGUGAGACUUUUUGGCGGUGAUUUCUUAAUAGCUUCAUCAGUGCAUGAAUAGCAUUCAUAGGAAGGUUCCUCUAACCCGUUGGUAUUCUUCCAGAGUUCAGUAUUUCGUAACCGAAUUAUAAUUUGUAUUAUUGGACCCUUCAACAAAACAGAAAUCCUGUUCCAACUUGUUCCUUUAUCCAGUGUCUGGUGCCGAGGCGUUGUCAGAGUUACGUGAAGUUUAUGCAAUAUUUCAUUUGACAUGACUCCGAGCCCAUACAUGUGUUUGUAAGAGACUAUUAUGUGGGUAGGAGAUGGAUGUUGGGGAGAGAGUACUUACAACGUUCUUUGGAUUAAUAUGAGAGUCGGGAUCAGUAGAACUACAGACGGUGAAUCUAUUUACAGCACUGUGCACUAAUGACUAAGCACAUUGUCAAAGCUGACAUCCACCUUCCUGUCUCCAAGGCCUUCCAGCAUAUGUUUACCUGCUAGGCUUUGUUGUGUCUUUCAAGUGAACCUGUGUAUGCAAGGCUCUACAGUGAAGCUGGGGCUUUAAGGCUGUAAUGAUUCUGUGUCUGCAAGCCUAUAGUGUAAACUUGUGUCUUCGGGGUAUGUCUUCAGUAGAGCUGUGUCUGCACGGUUGUCCUGUGACAGCGGGGUACACAGUGCAGACACACAGUUCUCAUACAGUGGACACAUUCGGCGCGUGUCCUGUCAGCUGCAAGUAUAGGUUAUCUAAUGUUGGCUUCAGUGUCCAAACCAAUUAUCAACAAUACUCAGUGUCCUUGACCCUAGUGCAUGCUGUCAGCCAUGUGUAACCAUGAUGUAUGUUCGUCCUUCACUACAGGCGUAUCAUGCUCCUCCUUGAUGUAAGCUGUGAUUAAACCCAUGUACAUAAUUAUA